AGAGCGAAGGAAGUUUUGUUUCCGGGAAUGUUUUGGUGAUGUGGCUAUGCUCUGCCUUCCAUCCGAGGAUAUCACAUAAAAAGCAGACACAUUCACCUGGGAAGCAAUAGUACAGAGCCAUCUUUAUGUUCAGCCGUCUGGCCACAGUCCUCCAGGAGCUCUCUGGAGAGGAGGGCCCAGAUGGAGAUCCGCAGGGCGUGCUGGUGCCUCAGCUCCCUGCCGGUGAGGGUCCGGCUCCUGUGGAGUCUGAGGCCCCUGAGGAGGCCAUGGAGAGGCUGGCUCACCUGGAGCAACUGGUGGUCCAGCUGAAGGAGUUCAUCCGAGACAAAGACUCUCAGCUGUUCAACAAAGAUGCACAGCUCAAGAACGAGAAGGAGGAAGCUGACGCUCGCUUCACCAAACUCAAAAUGCAGGCCAAAGCCAAGAUGGUGGCACUCAACAAACAGAUAACAGAUUUGAGAGGACAAGGAGAAGCAACACAGAGUCCAGACAGCUCUUUUACAGGAGCUGCAGUCGAGGAGGAGCUCCAGGAGCUGAAGAACAAGCUGAGUGAGGAGGAAGCCAAAAGCAGAGAGCUCUGGGAGCAACUCCAGAACACAGAACAGAUCCUUCAAGAGAAGCAGUCUGCCCAUGCUGAACAGUUGGGGAAACUGCAGGCUGUGGUCUGUGAGAAGGAUGUGCGAUUCCAGGAACAGAUCCAGAAACACGAGGAAGAGCUGCUGAGGGUCACGACACAGUCUCAGCGUGAUGGCGAGCUUCAGCAGGCCCUGCAUGCAGCGCAGAGGCGUUGUGAAGAACUCGAGGAGGCCUUAAACUCUCGGUCCCAAGUGCUGGAAAUGCUGCAGGAGGAAGUGAGCAGUGCUGAUCAACAAAAACAGAUCUUGACUGCCCAGUUCCGUCAGAUGGAGCAGGAGCUGGCCGAGGCCAUCAAGCGGAGGGAGGAGGAGAGGCAGCAGUGGGCCGAACAGGCCGGCAGGGCCGAUGCAGAAGUCGCAGCCCUCCGAACCAGCCUGGAGGACUUUGAUAGAGAGAGGACGGAGGUGGCGGAGCAAGAGGGCGAGCUGGCCUCCCUGAGAGAGGCAGAACAUGUUGGUCGGGAGGCUCUGGAGAAGGAAAAGACGGAAGUUGCCAGAUUGGAGAGAGAACUGGAUCUGAUGAAAGAGGCUGAGCGUGACGCUUCAGAGAGCGACAGGGCGGAAAUAGUUCGGCUGGAAAGUGAACUUGCAUCCACGAGAGAGGCAGUCGUCCAUGCCAGCCAGGACGCCUCAGAGAGGGAGGGGGCAAAAGUCGAUAAGCUAGAGCGAGAGCUGGCCUCACUGAAGGAGGAACAUCAAGAUGCCCAGAAGAAGGCUGAGAUCUUGGCUGAAAUUUGGGGACCUCUGCGGUCUCUGGCUCUCGAAGAAGCAGCCGAAGAAGACGUCCCCCUCCCUGCUGACCUUUCCCUGUUCCUGCACACUGUGCAGUCUGUUGAGACUCAACUGACGAGGCUGAAAGAUGAAUGCAGUGAGAGAGAGGAACAUUGUGUCGAGCUCACCCACACCAUGGAAACCCUCCAGGAACAACUUGACAGAAAAACCACAGAACAGGAGGAAACCACUGCCAUGACACAACAGCUGCAGCAUCAAAUCAUAACGGCGUCUGAAAGGGAUGAUGAGACUGAACCAUCAGCAGAGGAUUCAUCUGAAGCUAAUAAAGCACACGUGCUGGACCUAGAGCAGCAGCUUUUAGAAAAAGACAAUGAGCUGGUUGCCUUGCGGGAAUCCCUCAGACUGGCUGACGAGCACAGCUCCAGUGGGGCUGCAUCAUGUGAAACCUACGAUCAGACUCCAGAUCAGGGUCAGGAUGCCAGUGCGGCCCCCCGUGACAGUUCUGCGGCCCUUCCUGACUUCAUGGAGGAUACACAGGAAGAGGAGACCACCUUAGUUGCUGAGGACACCUCAGUCCUCUGCAUUUCUGCUGAUAAUGAGAGCAGCCCAGAGCUUAUUGGACACCAGUCUGAGUCCCCAGAAGAAUCCAAAGGGACCUCCUCAGAUGAGAUGGUCGCCAGUAGUGAUUCAGAGGUGGCCCACAGCAGCUGGACGCUCCUAGAAGCUGUGAAUCAAGAUGGAGGCCAGGAGUGGCCGCCCAUCAUGCAGGACUUUGGCCAGCUGCAGCUGCAGUCAUGGGAGGCAACGAGCAUGGAGCAGGAAACCUCCACGGUUCAAGUCGAGUCCUCCUCUGUCAUCAUCCGAGAGACGGUGCAAGUUCAUGUAACUCAGCACGGUUCUUCCACCGCAGAUGGUGACGUGGCCUCUGGUCAGGUCUUCGCUCAGGCCUUAGCUGAGGAGCUUCAGAGGAGGUACAGUGAGCUCUUGGCUGAGCUUCAGAGGCUCAGAGAGGCAGCUGCAGAGUCACAGGAGAAAAUCGAGAGUCUGGAAGAUGAAACACAGUUCCUUACUGAUGCCAAAGAAGAAGCCGAGUCCCAGGGCAAUAGUUUUAUAGAGGAGCUUAAGUCAGCCAGAGAGGAGUUGGACAAGCUCUCUCAGCAACUCAGCUCCGUGGUGGAGAAACACGGUGUUGAAAUGCAGCUUCUGGAAGAUCAGAUAGACAUUUUAAGCACUGAAAGAACAAUUAAGGAAGAGAAGAUCAAGGCCCUGCAGACUGAUCUGGAAAUGGCCCACCAAGCGUUCUCCGAGCAGGAGGGCCAGGCCAGGAUGCUGAGUGCUCAGCUGGAGGACAGAGAGCUCCUCUCCUCCGAGUUGGAAAGGAGGCUUCAAGAUAUGGAAAGCAGCAUGCUGGAAUACUCUCAAACAUCAGAUAUUAACAAUGACACUGUGUCAAAGAAGGACAUGGAGAUCAGCGAGCUGCACGACCGUCUCAGCCAAAAAGAGCAAGAGGUGAUGGAGCUCAAUGACAGCAUGUCUGCUAAACUCCUCCAAGCAGAAGAAGAGAAGUUCCAGACAGACGGGGAAGUCGGUAAACUGAAGGAGCAGAUAGUGGACCUUGAGAAAGUCAGGGACGAGAAACAGAAAGUGAGUUCUGAAGACUCAGCCGCUCAUGUGGAUGAUGAACUUGUCAGUGUGCGAAAGGAGAAAGGAGUGCUGGAAACCCAGCUGACGACCACAAAGAAGAAGCUGCAGGCUGCACUUGUGCAGCGCAAAGAGCUCAUGAGGAAGGUUGCCGAUUUUGAGGUAGAAGCAAAGAAACGGACAGAGCGAGAUGAAACUCCUACAGACGUUCCUGAGGUAGAACAAUCGAGAGGACAUGACAUUCAGGAAAUGGAGGCUAAAGUCAUCGAACUCGAGCAAGCUUUAAGGUCCAAAGAAGAGGCAGUUGAGACACUUGAGCUGAAAAUCAGCCAGCAGGAUCAAGUUCUCAGCGAGACGCUCGCUCUGAAUAGAAAGCUAAGUGAAGAAGCUGCAAACUCUCAGCAGGCGGACGGUUCUUCUGAAACAACUGUGUUGCAAUCCCAAGUGGCCUCUCUGGAAGCGGAGUGUGAAACCCUUCAGAAGAAAGUUCAAGAUGCCCAAGAAUCUCGCAAGGAAACAAUCCGCAAGGCAAAAGAGAAAGACAGGCACCACCGGGAGCAGCUGAAGCAGCAGAAAGAAGAACACGGCGAGCUCGUGGAACGUUUUGAGGUGCAGAGCGACGAGCGAGAAGAGCUUCUGACCAAAGUGAGAGAAUUAGAAGAGAAAGUGAGCGCUGAAAGAGAACCUCGUCAGGAGACCAAGCGGCUGGCUGAAAAUGUGGCAAAGCAAACAGCGGGUGAUUGGGUCCAGGAGGACUGGGUGGAUUUUGCCACAUCUGAGACGGAUUCGUCGCGGCCACAUUCCAGCGACCCGGUUCAGCAUUUUGCGGAGCAGUCUGACGUCCUCUCUGCACAAAUGGAGGAAUCUGUGAAAGCACUCAGAGACGAGAUCCAGAUUGUGCGGCUGGCUAACACAGAGCUAGAGAAGCAGCUGCAGGAAACCCACACCGGUUUGUGUCUGAAAGAGGCUGAAUUAUUGGAAUUGGGCAAAGAGCUACUCGCUCUAAGAGAAAAUGAAAGACAGAUCGAUGCACUCUCGGAGGAAAUUCAUGAUCUUAGAGAGAAGUAUCAGCAGGCUGAGUCUUACGCUGAAUCCCUGAAAGCAGAGAUGGAGGCCGACGCAGCAACUGCAGAUUCUACUUCCUCCAUCACAGCACUUCAGACCGAAGUGCAGGACUUCAAGCAGUUCCUCGACAAUAAAAACCAUGAAAUCAUGGAGCUGAGUCAGCAGCUCAGCGAGCAGAACUCUCUCAUACGCUCAAUGCAGGACACGGUGUCUCAGAAGGAUCAGCUAAUAGCUUCCUUACAGGAAGAACUGCAGGCCGAGCAAGAAAAAGCCCAAAGGUUAGAGGUUGAGGUUCCACUGAAGCAGGAGGAAGGAAGAGACAGCGAGGCAAAGAUCCAGCAGCUGCAGCGAAAGCUUCAGGCUGCUCUGAUCUCUCGCAAAGAUGCUUUGAAAGAAAACAAAACCCAGAAGGAGCAACUAGUUUCAACUGAGAAGCUUGUUGCUGAGCUGCAGCAGAAAAUUGAGUCGGCAGAAGAUGAGCUGGAGAAGCUCAGAGCGGAAAGAGUUAAGCUGAUUGAUGAGGUCGACCGGACAUUGGUGGAAAACCAAAGCCUAGGGUCGUCCUGUGAGAGCCUCAAACUGGCCAUGGAGGGCAUACUGACGGAGAAAGAUGGCUGUAAGAGAGAAGUGGAGCUGGCGAAAGAAGAGGCGGCCAGAGCCUGCGGAGAAUGGGAGGAAAAGGUUCAAGGCUUGAAGGACGAGUACGAGAUCCUGCUCAAGUCGUAUGAAAACGUGAGCGACGAGGCAGAGCGAGUGAGACGAGUGCUGGAGGCCGCCAGGCAGGAGAGGCAAGAGCUCGCGACUAGGGUGAGGACGCACGAGGCUGGGAGGCAGGAAGCCGAAAGACAGGCGGAAGAGGCACAGAAAGAGGUGACUUCAGUGAAAGACAAAAUGAGAAAGUUUGCCAAAACGAAGCAGCAGAAAAUCCUGGAGUUAGAGGAGGAGAAUGAGAGACUUAGCGAGAUGCAGGACAAGACUGUAAUAAAACGAGAGGGCAAGGCUCUCAAAGUUGAGGUCGAAAGACUUCAAGCUGAGCUGGAUGCUACUGUGGCAGAAAAAGACUCUUUAGGGCAGCAGAUUGAAGAGUUGAGGGAACAACUUGCCCGGACAAGAGAGAAAGAAGACGGCGUAAUUCAAGCUCCUUUGCUUAGCUCUGCAGCUGGUGUAGAAGAGGUCGUCACUGCCCAGCAAUCAGACAUAAUCAUGACUAAAGCAGAGCCUGUUGAGAGUCAAUAUGAAGACAGAGAUAGACCCUCAACUCCAGAAGAGACACCAGCUGACCAAAUGGCUGCAGUGCAUGCACCAGAAACACAUUCACAACCUACUGAGGAAAAGGAAAAGGCAGAAAUGAUGGAAAGUUUUAAAGUUUCAUUCGACAAUAAAAUGAGGGAGAUGGAGGCAGCUGUCGGUGCAGAACGGGAACUGUGGCAGGAACAGGAGGCUGGACUCAAAGCCGAGCUGGCUUCUCUCGAGCGAGAUCUUCAGGAGAGUAACGAGAAGGAGAGCCUUGUGGCGUCGCUACAGAAGUGCCUUCAAGAGGGCAAAGAGAGAGAAAAGAGUCUGGUUGAAGAGGGAUCAAAGAGGGAGGCCCAGUUCAAGGAGCUGCUCCGAAGCCUCGAAGCUGAGAAAGACAACCUGGAGGAGCGUCUGAUGAACCAGCUGGCUCAGCUCAACGGGAGCAUCGCUGGCUACCAGCAAGAGGCAGCAGACAACCGCGAGCACCUCGCUGAGCUGCAGCGGGAGGUGGAGAGGCUGGAGAGGGAGCGAGCCGAGCUGGAAGCCGAGGCUCAGAGUGAGAGUGACCGGGCUGCCAGGCUGGAGGAGGACAUGAGGCAAGCCCAGAGAGAAAGGGCUGAAGCCGAAGCAGAGUCGGGUAAGCAGAGGGAGCUGGAGCAACAGCUGCGGUCUGCCCAGAGGGUCCGAGAAGGCAGCCAGAGCCGAGCGCGUCAGCUUGAGGAACUGUUGAGGGAGAAGCAGCUGGAGGUCCGUCAGCUGCAGAGGGACUGCAUCAAGUACCAGGAGAGGAUCAGCGAACUGGGUCGAGAAGCUAAGUCGCUGCAGCUAGGCCAUGAUGAGCUCCACAGCAAGCUAGAGCAAUCCCAACUGGAGACUUCCAAAACCACGGAAGACCUGAAAAGGUGUGAAGCAGAGUUGGCCAGCUGCAAAUCCCAGCUGGACGAGGCCCAGACGCAGGCACGCGAGGCUUUAGCUGAGAAAACCACCCUUGAACAGAAUGCACAAAAGAGAGAGGCCUCGUUGAUAGCGGAGGCAGAGCAAACCCUCGACUCUGUGAGAUUCAGGCUCGGAGCCGAACUGAAGGAGAUGGAGCUGAGACUGGAAGAGGUGGACAGAGAAAGGGACCGGGAAGAGGAAGCCACUGUGGAGGCCAGAGUGGUGGCAGAAGGAGCCGAGAGGCGCGCCCAGGAGAUGCAAGCCCGUCUGGACGAGUCUCUGGCCAGGUUAGCCGCCUUCUCGCGCUGCAUGUCCUCACUGCAAGACGACCGGGACAGAGUUUUGGACGAGACCCGACAAUGGGAGACUCGCUUUAAUGAUGUGCUGCAGAGCAAGGAGGCUGAAGUUCGGGAGGCUGAAACAAGGGCCAAGGAACUGGCAGAACAGCUUCAGAGAGAAUCGGCACUGAAAGAUGAACUUCAGCUGUCAGUGGACAGACUUGAGAAAGCAGACAAAGACUGGAAGCUGAAACUGGAAGAGGAGGUUAAGAAAGUCGCUGAGAGCCAAGCUGCCCUAGAGGAGGCGAGCAGCAAGCUUCAACAAACUACAACUGAGCUGCAGUCUGCACAACAUGAAGCCCAUGCCCUGAAAAAUGAGGUGGAGAGUCUAAAGCUGAGGGCCAGAGCUCUGGAUGAGGCUGUGGGUCGGCUGCAGGGUGAAGUGGACCAGGCCAGGACUGAGCUGAGGGAGAGGGAGGCAGAAGAGAGGCGGCUGUGUCUGAACGUGGAGCAGCUAGAGACAGACCUGAGGUCCUCUAAGGCCUUGACAGAGAGCCUGCAGACUGAGUUAAACGAGAAGGAACGGAGAGAGAUGGAAAUGCUGGUGGAGAAGGAGCAGGCUGUUGCUCAGGCUGCAGAGGAAGCGAGGAAGGAGGCCGACAGCCGGGCACAAGAAGCCGAGGGAGAGCUGGAGCAGAGAAGAGGGGAACUGCGAGAUCUGGAAGAAAAACUGCGAAAAGCAGAGGAAGAGACCAACAACAGAAAAGCCAGACUGGACUCUUUCAUGAAAGCCAUGGGCUCCCUGCAGGAUGACCGAGACAGAGUCCUCAACAUGUACAAACAGCUGGAGGAGAAGCACCUGCAGGUGAUGUUGGAGAAAGAUGGCCUGAUCCAAGAGGCGGCGGGGGAGAACAACAGCCUGAAAGAGGAGCUGCGCUCUCUGCUUGUCCAGAGAGACGACCUGUAUGCUGAAAAGGCCCAGCUAUCGGCUCAGCUUCACGGCUACCGCGAGGAACUUAACCAAGUCCUGAGCAUGAAGGAGUCCCAACACAAACAGCUUCUGGCAGCUCAGCGGGAGCGCAUUGCCUCCCUGGAAAAAGAACACAAGGAAUUGGAAAGUCAGGUAAAGAGCGUGAGCAGAGCCAGAGAGAUGGAGGUAGAAGCAGUCAGAGUGGAGAGGGAGACCCUCAGUCAGGCUGUUGAGUUUAAGACAGCAUCACAGGUGAUAGAUGCUCCCGGCGCAGAAGUUGAGAAGCUGAGGGAGCAGCUGCAAGUGGCGAGAGAUCAAGCGGUGGCACUGGAGGAGACCCAACAGAAGGAGAGACAAGCGCAGGAGAGCAGGAGCAAAGAGCUGUCGGAGCUGCGAUGGGAGGGAGGUGUGAUGCGGACGGAGUCGGAGACCGCCCAGGAGAGGGUGGCCGAGCUGGCCAGGGACUUGCUGGCUGUCGAACAGAGUCUGCUGGUGGAGAGGGAGGCGACGACGCAGCUGAGAGCAGAGAACCAGUCAUUCUCAAAAGCCAUGGCCUCCCUCCAGGACAGCAGGGACCAGGCGGUAAACAAGGUCCAGGAGCUGAGCCUGAGGCUGGAAGAGAUGAGUAAGGCAGGCGGCCACGCGGCACAGAGCAGCCCUGGAGGCUCCGCUGGAGAAGUGUGGGGGCUGAAGAACGCACUACAAGCCCUGCAGAAUGACAGGGAGAGACUGCUGGAGCAGCUUCAGGCACAGUCGUCUGAGCUCAAGAUGCUGAAGUCAGAGCUGGCUCGACUGGGAGCAGGAGAGCUGAUAAAAGUCAGCCAGGAGCUGUUUGAGGAGAAGAGGAAGAGCGAAGACAUGCUGGCUGACAUAAUGCAGCUGGGGAAUAUGGUGCAAAUGGGCAAGCAGGAGAUAGAAACUCUCAGACUGGAGCGUAUGGACUGGAUGGCUCAAGCAGAGCAGCUGAAGCAGCAGACCCUCGCCACUCUCUCGGAGAGGGACCAACAACUGCGGCAACUCAGCGCCAUGCUGGAGGAAGCCCGCGCUCAUAAGCCCAAACUUCAGCAGGAACACUAUCAGAGAGAGGGCACAGAGGAAGUGGACAGUGCUCCGGGAGCCCCACAGGAGCGAAGCAGCCUUGUAGACAGCCACGCUUACAUCGCUGAGGUCAAAGAGCUCCAGAGAAGGCUGGGUGAAGAGAUGGAGCAGAGGGUGGCUGCGGAGGAGCAGCUAAUGGCCACACAGGAUCGAUUCAAACGCCAGGCUAAAUGGCCCUCCGCACAAGAAAAGGAUCACUCGGAGACCUCUCUUUUGAUCGAGCCGGAAGGAGUUGUCACCCGAACUCGGAGAGGUGGUCCGGGUUUGACGCGGAUGCUCCGAGUGGCUUUCUGCUCCCGUCAGCGCACCCCUCUGCUGUUCAGCCUCUAUCUGAUCACCGUGCACGUCCUGCUGCUGCUGUGUCUGGGCGGAUACCUCUGAAAGCAGCUCCCCUUUUAAAAACAAAAACCUGACAGAUAAGAGAUGGAGAGACACGGACCUAACCCAAGCCAUCAAUAUGCUUUAUAUUGUUACACGGAAUACAUUAUAGAAGGGUGUGAAGGAUGUUCUACACAAAAACGUUGCACUUUACAGGACUUCUGCAUUUAGCCAAAGUAUGUAGAUUUAUGUAGGAAGCUAUUGCUCUUGUAUGACUUUGAGGGAAACCCCAGAGAGGACAUAAACGGACUUCUUCCUAAAACUCUAUGGUAUAUAUGGUGGAAAGGUCGAUUCUUAUUGGCAGAUUGUGUUUUUCACGUGCCUUUAGAUUUGGAUAGAAAAACGUUACGUUAAAACAAAAAAAUGACGUGUUGGGGACUAGUUUAACGGUAAGCUAAAUGUCUGUUAAUAAUGACGCCACAUGUCGGCAGUUAGCUUAGCAUCCAGACAAACGGCUAGCCUCCAAAGGCCACCAUUACAUACUUUAUAUUGUGUUUGUUUAGUUCAGAAAAAACCAAAGUAACCAUUUUCCAGAGGUUAAUUUCCGGAGGUGUUUAUACAAUAGUGAGUGUAGAACAUUGAAUUGUGGUUUAAACACUUAACAAACGAGAGAUAAUGUGUCAAUUAGUGAGCUUUAGAGGUUCUUUUAGAGGCUAGCUGUUUCCACUAUAUGCUAAGCUAAACAUCUGCUCAUAUCUGUCUAACGGACCGAUAUGAGAGUGAUAUCAUUCCUGUCAUCUAAUAUGCGUAUACUUCCCAAAAUGUCCAUUAUACUGUUAUUUUAAGAUGGCUUGAGGUUCAGGGCGUGCUGUUAUAGUCCGGUCUCUUCCUCUUCUACUCAUUUCAUGCACAAAAACAGAGCACAGUGCAAUUUAAGUUACACAUUCCUAUUGUGGGUUUCCUUUUCUUCUUCUAUAAAUCACAUUUAAACAAAAGGGAGCAUAUUGAUAUCUGUACAUAUGUAAGUGUAUUAUGUAUGUCAGCUGGAUGUGGGUUUUCCUCCCUCUUGCAUAUCCCAUAAGAUUCCCGGUCCUCUUGCAUAGACUUAGUUUUUACGGCGGAUGAAGUUGCCAUUCUGGUGCAAUGUUACCACCGUGUGGCUUCAUUCCAGAGGGGAGAGACUGCGGUUUUCUAAUGAUAUCCGUGCCAUUAUAGACUACUCUGAUGUAGCGUAAUUUAUUGCCAUAACAGUUAGAAUGAUCCUCGUGUAUAUUGACAUCAUCCAGUCGAUUCUUGUUUAUUUAAUCACUCACUGUCGGUGAAAUGAUCCCUCUGUACUCCUCUUCCUAAACAUUCAUGAUCUUAUUCACAUCUUACACUGAAACAUACUUUUAACUGUAAAUAAUUGUUUAAAAGGGCUGUGUAGAAAACUAACAUAUAAUAAAGGUGUUGGUGGUGUAGAUCAGGGACAGGCAUUCAUUAUUUACUCAUUUGUGUGUCUGUAGAAAAAUCUGAUGUUGGGACUUUUUUUUGACUACUGUUUAUUUUGGGCUCAGUUCAUUUUAAUUCUAAUUCUGCAAAUAAAAACACGAUUUGUUUGGUUUGUGAA